CCCAUCCCUUCUGCAGCUACAUUGCAGCAACAACGAAGACGAGAAGGAACGGAAAGUGAACACCACAAACUAUUUCAUCUCUCCACUGUCAGCCAGCCCUAGGCCAGUGCCUCAAUUGUCGAGGAAACAAAAGCCAAAGGUAUUAUCUAUAGCUAGCUAGCUGGAUAACAUUUAUGCGGUAGAGACGGCACUAUUGGGUUUUCCAUCAUCGUUGGUGGUGCUAUCAGCUACCCAAGAGUCGAGUAAUCUCAUUCGUGGGGUAUCCUGGGCGGUACCACGACUUGAUCCUCCUCUUAUUCUCCAGCACAUUUCAAAACAUCCAUCCACAAGCCAGAAGACGACGAUGGAGAAUCAUGAGCAUCAUGAGCAGCAUCAGAGCCACCUUGGUGGUGAAAGUGACCACGAGAAUUGGCCGCUCCACAAAAUCUCCGAACCUCAUCCUUGCAACGAUGUUCUUUGGAGUGACCGUCUUAUGGCAGUAGUAGACGCUGGAGCCAGCAGCAACCUGGAUGGCAGUGACGCCCACACGGACCACCAAGAAUCCGUGCCUUGGAGGUCCAAGACGUUGGGACGCCUGAGCAGUAGUCAUUCCGAGGAUUCGGUAGCAUUGGCAGGAGAACAAGACGAACUGCAAGGGAACCAACGAUUUCGAGACUUGUUGGCGGCCCACUGUCAAGCCUACGACACGGCCGGCAACCUGGAAAAGCCGUUGGUAUCUCUCAAGAUUCUGAAAGAGUGGAGGCAGCAGAAACCUCCCGGACGAUUCUUAGUGAAAGAGUCAGAUACAAGGCAUCCCCUUUACAAGGACAUGGGGGAUAAAAAGGCACGGGGUAAAAUUUCCAAGGCACUCAAGCAGCUCAUUCGUCAGCAAAGCAGCAGUCUCGAAGAACCACCACCGAAUCUGGCAGAAGAAAAGAAGCAAUCCGAGACAGAUUGUGCACAGCAGCAACAACAUAAUGACAAUAACAACAAUACUCAUAAGACUGGACCCCAGGAAGAAGCCUUUGUGGCAGCAAAGAGAGAAGAAACCAAGUUGGACCGACCGACACCCAUUACCAUUCACACGGCUACAGCGCUCCCCAAAACACCCCGCUUUCCAAAACCCAACAAGAACAAGUACGAACGAAGAAUAUCCGAACAAUUGCAUACGGCACGAGCCCAUGGACGACUCUUUGGACGAUGGAAGGAACGCGACAAACUCGUACACAUCUUUCGACGCUAUUUGCCUCCAAAGCAAGACGACGACAAUACUCCCCUAACAAUGAUGGCCGACCGCACCGUUCCGUUGGUGCUGAUUGCGGGGUGUUCGGGAGUGGGCAAAACGUCCCUAGCACGCAUCUUGCGACAUCCGAGUGUCCAUAAUGGCAGCAGCAGCAACAACAUUCCCAGUAUAUUGUUGGACGAUGACAGUGACCAAGAGGAGACACAACAGCAUACUAGACCCUUCUUUUUGGAAGGCAAAUUUGAAUUGUGCCAAUGGGAAGAUCCCAGUGCCGUGUUUGUCACUGUCAUGACGGGUUUUUGCCAUCAACUCGCGGAACGAAAUGAUAAGACCCUCAUUAAGCAAUAUCGACAAGCCAUUCAGCAGGCAAUGCCAGAUGAUUUGCCUCUCUUACAGACACUGGUACCCGCACUGGGCAUGAUUCUAUCGGGAAAUGCAAGUGUCACAACCGAUAGUGUGACCAGCUCGUCCGAAAACAAUCGGUCCUCGACAACCAGCACAUCUUCCGAAUGUGACUACGAAGAGGGCAAUGGACACAUGGCCAUGCAACGCAUCAAACAAGUUCUGGCCAAUUUUCUCACCGCCAUUGCAUCCGUGUCACCGCAUGAUCAUCCCAUCAUUAUCUUGCUGGAGGACUUGCAUUGGGCGUCCGAACCGGCCAUGGGAGUGCUCAAGUUUAUUCUGGGCUUUGUGGGACGCUCCACCGACGGCUUUCCCAUGUUCCUCGGCACCUACCGGACGGACGAAGAGCUCGAGACGCAUUUUACACGCGCCAUUGAGCAGGUCAAACGAAAUGUCAAGGUUACAGUCCACGAAAUUGCCAUUGGGGAUUUGCCCGAAGACAGUGUCCAUGUCAUGCUGUCGGAAGCCUUGUCACUGCAACAAGAAGAAACUCGAAAAGUCAAGGACUUGAUCUUUCCAGUGACAAAGGGGAAUCCUACCUUUAUCACAGAGCUGUUACGGAUAUUCCAGGAGCGAGACAUGAUUCGGUUUGACGAAGUAUCCGCGAAAUGGAAAUGCGACUUUGAGCAAAUGGCAAACACGUUGGAGACCAUCAAAAGUGUCCCGGACCUGUUCCAAGCCAAAAUACAGUCGUUGCCGCCGUCCGCGCAAGAAACCAUGAGAAUCGCGGCCUGUCUGGGGUCGACCGAGAUUGCGGACACGGUCAUCAAGGUGAUUGAUACGGUCGGGGCAGUGAGUGCUCAUCUCAAACUAGCCGAAAUGAAUGGGCUCCUACGGUAUCACGAUGGUCGCUACUUUUUUGCGAGCGACAGCAUCAAGCAGGCUGUCAUCGAUCUCAUCCCAGAGAAGGACAGAGACCCGUAUCGUUUGAAAAUUGGGCAACGAAUGUUCCUGCACCUGGAAGAAAACCAGAAUGCCGAGUACUAUUCGCUUUUGAUGAGUCAAAUGAUGAUGAGCGACCAUUUGGUAGUGGCCGAGGAGGAUAUUCGCUCUGUCGCCAUGUUCUAUCUGGAGGCUGGUCAAGGCGCCAUGGUCCAUUUGGGUGCACAGACAGCAGGUUAUUGCUUCAACAGUGGGAUCAGAAUCAUGGAGCCACUCAGAAAGUGGGGACGCGACAACUAUGACCUGUCGUUGGCUCUCUACAACAAAGCAAUCGAGGUCGCGUACUGCAACGGAGAAUUCUCAACGCUGGAUAGACUGAUCGACGAAGUCCUCGAGAAUGCGAGGACUUUUGAAGAUUCGCUGCCGGCGCGGUCUACAAAGAUCUAUUCCCUGGGCAGCCGAAAUAAGCAAAAGGAGGCCAUCGAACUUGCCCUGGAGGCACUCAAGGAAGUCGGGCAAACUUUUCCAUCGAACAAGGAACCCUCUUUUGUUCGAUUGUGGCACGAGUCCCGUCGAAUGAAACGCAAACUGAAGCCUUUGUCCGACGAAGAGAUAUUGGCGUUACCACGCAUGAAGGAUCCAAGGGCAAUCGCAGCAAUGCAGAUUAUGAACCAUGUAUUGUUGUAUGCAAUCUUGGAAACCCCAAAGCUCGGUGCGCUUAUCAUCUUUCGGAUGGUUGAUUUGUCCAUCAAAUUUGGCUUGAGCGCAAUGUCAUCGAUCGGGUUCGUGGCGUACGGAUUGUUGGGUUCCAGGGACGGCGCCACCGACGAAGGGAUUCGGUAUGGUAAACUCGCGAUGAAGCUCUGUAGUCGCUACAAGAAAGGGGUGUGGUUGAAUAGGACUCACAUGCUCUACUACGGGACAAUCUAUGCGCGAAAAUAUCCCAUCAGAGGUUGCGUUCAACCUUUGAAAGACUCGUAUCGAACCGGCAUGGUUAAGGGUGACAUUGAAUAUUCUGUGUUGGGAGCGUGCAUGGUAUGCUUUCAAACCCAGGAAAUCCUAUUGCUUCCAGAAGUGGAGAGCUACCUCCGAACGCUCCUAAACCAGAUCGAGUUCUACGGCCAGGCAACCACGCUCGUCAUGGUCAAGCCGUUGUUCCAAUAUGUUCUGUGUUUAACAGGCCAAGCCACCGGCAACCCAAAGUAUCUGAAAGGUGCUUUGAUAGAUGCCGACAUCGAGCAGGCGAAGGUUGGUGCUUCGGAUCGACACAUGCUCAUGUGGUACAAGUACCUGAGCAUGCAGCUGGCAUAUAUCUUUGAGGAUUACGAUUUGGCGGAUUCCUUUUCUAUGGUUAUUGCCGAGAUCUAUGAGGAGAACGACACUGGCGGAAUGGAUGCCGCUCAGACUUUGUUUUUUCAAUGCAUGGUACUACUUGCGCAAGUGAAAAGGCGAAAGCGAAAUCGUUUCCUUGCCAUUCGCUACGUUCGCAGUCGCCUGAAGAGGCUGAAGCACUGGGCUCGGGCUGCUCCUUCGAACUUUAUGGGGAAAAGGUGUCUUCUAGAAGCUGAAGUGGCUUUCACUAUGGGCGAUUAUCAAACAGCUCAUGCAAGCUACUUGUCAGCAGUGCUUCAUAGUAGGGAGGGAGGCUUCUUCUUGGAUGAGGCACUUUCCCAUGAGCUGCUCGGGAAGCUGUACACUCAAGAAAACGAUCUCGAGUCAGCGGUUCGUGAACUUGAAGAAGCAAGAAAGGUCUAUGACCGGUGGGGUGCGAAGGCAAAGGUAGAGCACUUUGACUCGGUUCACAGUGAAAUUCUGAACAUGUCACUCUGAUCACAAAUCUCAGAACACCACCAAUCAAGCCAGACUGCAGGAUCCUUAGGGCUCGGUACAAUAGGGGUGAUUUGGAACGGAUGGGAUGCCCCCUGUGCAAUAAGUAGUAGUAUGAUACUCGCUAGUAGCAAGGAUUGAGACUGGAGAUUCAUGGCUCGAUAUCCUGGUUGGGUGUAGUUGGCAAACAAAACA